AUGGUGUUCUACCACGGCGGCGCGUUCGUGAUCGAGUCGGCGUUCACGGCGCUGUACCACGCGUACCUAAACGGGGUGGCGGCGAAGGCGCGCAUGGUGGCGGUAUCCGUGGAGUACCGCUUUGGCGUCGAGCACCGGAUGCCGACGGCGUACAACGACUCAUGGCGCAGACGCUCAAUCUGGGUGGUAGCCCGUAACGCCGCGUCCGGCCGGAGCCGUGGGCUGCGGAUCGGCCAACCUGCCCCGGCUCUUCGUCGUCGGGGACAAAGUCUGACGCCAACAUCGCACACAAAAUGGCCAUGCGCGCGGGGCACGCAGGAGGGCGGCGGCGAUCGGAUGGCGGCGCAACCAUCACGGGCUCUGUUCUCGGACCCUUACUUCUGGGGGAAGUAG